AUGGCCUCCGCAACCGCUGUCAAGACCAACAUCGGUGUCUACACCAACCCUAACCAUGACUUGUGGCUUGCCGAGUCAACUCCCAAGGCAGAGGAUGUUCUGGCGGGGCGGGGUUUGAAGCCUGGCGAGGUGACAGUGGAGGUGCGCAGCACUGGUAUUUGCGGCUCCGACGUGCACUUCUGGCAUGCGGGGUGUAUCGGACCCAUGAUCGUGAACGGCGACCACGUCCUGGGGCACGAAUCCGCAGGGCAGGUCCUUGCGGUUGCGCCUGAUGUCACAACGCUUAAGCCUGGCGACCGCGUGGCGAUCGAGCCUAACAUCAUCUGCAACGCCUGCGAGCCGUGCCUGUCGGGACGGUACAAUGGGUGCGAGAAUGUGUCGUUCCUGUCGACGCCGCCGGUUGACGGCCUACUGCGGCGGUACGUCAAUCACCCGGCGAUCUGGUGCCACAAGAUCGGUGACAUGAGCUUCGAGGAUGGCGCGCUGUUGGAACCGCUGAGCGUGACAUUGGCGGCCGUCGAGCGUAGCGGACUGCGUCUGGGCGACCCUCUGCUGAUCACGGGUGCGGGCCCCAUCGGCCUGAUCAGCCUGUUGAGUGCGCGGGCGGCAGGUGCCACACCCAUCGUCAUCACAGACAUCGACGAAGGGCGUCUGCAGUUCGCCAAGUCGCUGGCGCCUGAGGUGCGCACAUACAAAGUGCAGAUCGGGCACUCGGCCGAGGAGUCGGCGGCGGGGAUUAUCAAUGCGCUGAACGACGGCCGGGGCUCGGGCCCAGAUGCGCUGCGUCCCAAGCUGGCGCUGGAGUGCACAGGUGUCGAGAGCAGUGUCAACUCGGCCAUCUGGAGCGUCAAGUUCGGCGGCAAGGUGUUCGUAAUUGGUGUCGGCAAGAACGAGAUGACCAUCCCCUUCAUGCGGCUCAGCACCCAGGAGAUCGAUCUGCAGUACCAGUACCGCUACUCCAACACCUGGCCGCGCGCCAUCCGCCUGGUGCAGAACGGUGUCAUCGACCUCCGCAAGCUGGUGACUCACCGUUUCGCCCUCGAGGACGCCCUCAAGGCCUUUGAGACGGCUGCCAACCCGCGCACUGGCGCCAUCAAGGUGCAGAUUAUGAGCUCCGAGGAGGAUGUGAAGAAGGCCUCGGCGGGUGGGAAGAUCUGA